GUUUCUCUCUCUCUUUUUGCUCUCUCUUUCUCUCUCCACCGAGCACCAACUUUCUAGUUUUUCUAGUUCUCAAUCUCACUAAUCUCAAUCUCCCUCCGCAUAAGGCUGUGUUUGGAUGGCGAAGAAGAGAAAGUCGGUGGCGACGCGCCUCGACGAAGUGGAUCGCACCAUGUACUCCACCUUCUGCAGCACCGCCAACUCCCUCUCUCAUCUCUACACUCACGCCAUGAAUCAACAAAAACUCUCCUUCCAAGCCGGUGAACGUCACGCUCUGGAGAAAAUGUAUCAAUGGAUUCUUAGACAACAACAAGAAGGAUCAAGGGUGUCGACGAUUGAUAUAGUUGCUCACUUGCAGAAUGAGCUUGAAUAUGGAGCAGAGGAAUCACCAAUGUCCCCAAGGCAGCCAAUUCAUCAACAGAACUCCCAGACUGCAAUUCACACUAACUUUGGUGCAUCCAUACCCCCUAAUGCAUUUGGAACAACUUUUGUAGGGCAGGGGAUACGUACUGGGCAACAUGAUCAACAAGCAAAAAACUCUGUAUUCUCAAAUGCACUCUCUAGCCCUAUUCGUCGCAGCCUUCAGCCAUAUCAUUUGGCACAGGGAAGCUUUCCUUCAAGCAAUAUCAUGUCAUCAGGGAAUGGAACCCGGAACAAUGAGGUGACUUAUCCUAGUGGCCAGAACAGGGAUACAAAUUCUUCCAACUCAAGUGAUUGCAUGGACAUGCAUGCAGACAGUCCUGGUCAUGAUUUUUCAUACUGAUGCUGUAAUAGUUAGAAUAGAGAACAGAAAAGAUGUCAUUUCUGAAAUAUGUCGUCAUAAAUGUGUGGAAAAAUGUUAAAAUUUAUUGUGGAUAGACUUCAAUUUAUUUGUGUACCAUUGUCAUCCAGUUUGAAGCUUGAACAUCAGUCUACUAUGUUAGCAGAUAGUUUUCAAA